UGGGAGGCGCGUGUGGACAGCCAUGGCCGGGUCUUCUACGUGGACCACGUGAACCGGACCACCACGUGGCAGCGGCCCAGUCACACCGGCAAGUGUAGCCACGGCAUCCCCCGCUCAGGAUCCACCCAGCAGAUGGAGCAGCUCAACCGCAGCUUCGUGUCUCUGCCCACUGAUGUUCUGGAGAUUGAGGUGAAGGACAAGUUUGCCAAAAGUCGUCCGAUCAUCAAGCGCUUUCUGGGGAAGCUCUCCGUCCCCGUCCAGAGGCUGCUGGAGAAACACGCCAUCGGGGACAGGAUGGUGAGUUACUCCCUGGGCCGCAGGUUACCGACGGAUCACGUCUGUGGGCAGCUGCUGUUCCGCUUUGAGCUGGCGUCUUCCAUCCACCCAGAUGAUGAAGAGCUGUCCCUGGUCAUCGAGCAGGCCUGCGCCGAGCUAGCUAACGCAGCGGAGGUGGACCACGCUGCGGGGGGGCAGGAGGACGACACGCUGAGCGUGGGCCCCGACAUGCCGGAGCUCCCCCUGGACGGCCCCCCGGACACUGAGACACCAGCACCCCCGCAGGAGGAAGCCCCCCCUGCUGAGAGGGAGGAAGAUGAGGCAACGGCAGAGGUGGAGCCAAGAACCAUGGAGGAGGAAGAGGAGCAGGAGGAGGAGGAGGAGGAGCAGGAGGGGGGCAUGGAGAGGGAGGAACCCCCCACCUCUCCGCCGGACGUGGAGCAGCAGGAGGAGGUUUCAGCUGACCAGCAGGACGGGAGCAGCGGGGUGGGGGGGGAGGUGUCUGGAGAGGAGGAGAGCCCGGAGAGGAGAGAGGAAGAGGAGCAAGGAGCAGAAAGCCUUCCCGGAGCAGAGGGAGAAGAGAUGCCAGAGCAAAGAGAGGCGGGGGGCGACGCAGAGCCAGAGCCCGCCUGUGACCCGCCCGCAGGGGCAGCUGCUGGGGGGGCCGCCAGUGAGGGGAGCUGCACACCUGUGGGCCCCCCAGAGGGCCCCCCAGAGGGCCCGGGGGAGGGGGCCCCGCAGGAGGAGCCAGAGGAGGCAGGGCGGAGCUGUGCUCCCUGCUCCUGCCAUUCCCUUUUCUCGAACUACACCUCCCAGGCUCCCUUGCGGCGUAAAAACCGGCCCUGCUCGCUCCCCGUGUCAGAGCUGGAGACGGUGAUCGCCUCGGCCUGCGGGGAGCCCGAGACCCCCCGCUCCCACUACAUCCGCAUCCACCACCUCCUGCACAGCCUCCCCUCCGCCCAGCAGAGGCCCCCCAGCCAGGAGGAGGAGCCGCCGGGGGAGGGCCCGGACACGGGGGGGUCUGUGGACUCAGCACCAACCAUCAAAACCUCCAAGGAGGACGAGGGGCCGGAGGAGGAUGAGGAGGAGGACACGACCCAGUCCCCGUCUCAGGUCCCAGAAUGCCCGGGCCCCUGCUGCCGGCGCUCUCUGCCCCGCAGCCUGUCCAUCGAGCGGCUGUCCGAGCUGAACCAGCUCCUGGAGGGGGAGGGGGGGAGGUGCGGGCCGGCCGCGGUCAGGAGGAUCUCCCCCUCCUGCCUGGAGGGGGAGGAGGGGGACUCCAGUAGCGGGGGGGGGAAGAGGCUCUGCAGCCGCGGCAGCCACCGGCCCCACGGCGAGGCCGACUGCGAGCUGUGUGACACCUCCUGCUACAGCACCUCCUGCUACAGCACCUCCUGCUACAGCACCUCCUGCUACAGCCACUCGGGCUACGACGGGAGGGGCCGCGUCUGCAGCCACAACCGCCUCUCCUCGGUGGACAGCAACCGGCUGUCCGGCAGCACCGUCUUCUCCUCCCAGGACGAGGACGAGGACGAGGAGAGCGCCUUCGAGGCGGUCGCCGACGGCAACCAGCCCGAGGGGCAGGAGGCGGGCCGGGCGGGAGGGGAGAGGAGGACGGGGAGGUGGAAGGAGGCCCGGAGAGGAGAGCAGGGGGAGCCGGCGGUGGCCGGGCCCAGUGAUAGAAACGGCAUCGGCUCAGGCUUCUCCCCUCCCGUUGGCCAUCUUCCAGUUCUGCGGCCCAGCCAUGACCUAAACCAUUUUCCUGCUGCCACUGACCAAGCCUUACCUCCAAACUGGGAGGCGCGUGUGGACAGCCACGGCCGGGUCUUCUACGUGGACCACGUGAACCGGACCACCACGUGGCAGCGGCCCAGUCACACCGGCAAGUGUAGCCACGGCAUCCCCCGCUCAGGAUCCACCCAGCAGAUGGAGCAGCUCAACCGCAGGUACCAGAACAUCCAGAGGACCAUGGCCACAGAGGAGGACGGUGGGAGCCGGAGUUCAGACGGGGACUCGGACUGUGCUCAGACAGGCCCCACCUCCCCGGCCUCGCCCGCAUCCCCCGCCUCACCCGCCUCCCCCUCCUCCCCCGUCAAUCACCAGAAGAUCAGCCAUCUCCUCCAGUCUCCGGCCGUGAAGUUCAUCACACACCCCGAGUUCUUCACUGUGCUGCACAGCAACUACGCGGCCUACCGGAUGUUCACCAGCAGCAGCUGUGUGAAGCACAUGAUCCUGAAGGUGCGCCGCGAUGCCAGGAACUUCGAACGCUACCAGCACAACCGGGACUUAGUGGUCUUCCUCAACAAGUUCGCAGACACGCAGCUGGAGCUGCCCAGAGGCUGGGAGAUCAAGACCGACCCUCAGGGAAAGUCUUUUUAUGUGGAUCACAACAGUCGAGCCACCACUUUCAUCGACCCUCGGAUUCCGCUGCAGAACGGCCGGCUGCCCGGUCACCUGGCCCACCGGCAGCACCUGCAGAGGCUGCGCAGCUACAGCGCUGGAGAGGCGUCCGAGGUGUCCCGGAGCCGCGGAGCUUCUCUGAUGGCCCGGCCCGGAAACAGCCUGGUAGCAGCCAUCCGAGGCCAGCACCACGCUGACCCACAGCAGCUGACCGCUCCAUCUUACAAUGAUAAGAUAGUGGCCUUCCUUCGACAGCCAAACAUAUUCGACAUGUUGCAGGAGCGACAGCCCAGCCUGAGCAGAAACCACGCCCUGAGGGAGAAGAUCCACUAUGUCCGGACAGAAGGUACUCAGGGAGUGGAGAAGCUGUCAUGUGACGCUGACCUGGUCAUCCUGCUGAGUUUGUUUGAGGAGGAAAUCAUGUCUUACAUCCCUCCUCACCCCAUCCACCCCGGCUUCAGCUUCUCCCCCCGGUGCUCACCUGCCUCCUCCCCGCAGAACUCCCCCGGCUUGCAGAGGGCCAGGGCUCCAGCUCCUUACCGCAGAGACUUUGAAGCCAAACUUCGAAACUUCUACAGGAAAUUAGAAGCCAAAGGCUAUGGUCAGGGGCCAGGCAAGAUCAAGUUGCUAAUCAGGAGAGAACACCUGUUGGAAGGAACCUUUAACCAGGUGAUGGCCUAUUCUCGCAAAGAACUGCAGAGGAACAAGCUCUACGUCACCUUCCUGGGGGAAGAAGGAUUAGAUUACAGUGGUCCUUCCAGGGAGUUCUUCUUCCUCCUGUCUCAAGAGCUCUUUAACCCGUACUAUGGUCUGUUUGAAUACUCUGCAAAUGACACAUAUACUGUUCAGAUCAGCCCCAUGUCGGCAUUUGUUGAGAACCAUUUGGAAUGGUUCCGUUUCAGUGGUCGUAUUCUGGGCCUGGCUCUGAUCCAUCAGUACCUGUUAGAUGCUUUCUUUACCCGGCCGUUCUACAAGGCUCUGCUCAGGCUGCCAACGGACCUGUCAGACCUGGAGUACCUGGAUGAGGAGUUCCACCAGUCUUUGCAGUGGAUGAAAGACAACGACAUCACGGACAUCCUGGAUCUCACCUUUACCGUGAACGAAGAGGUCUUUGGCCAGGUGACAGAGCGGGAGCUGAAGUCCGGUGGCUCCAACCUGCAGGUGACUGAGAAGAACAAGAAGGAUUACAUCGAGCGAAUGGCCAAGUGGAGGGUGGAGAGGGGGGUGGUGCAGCAGACCGAGGCGCUGGUCAGAGGUUUCUAUGAGGUGGUGGACUCCAGGCUGGUGUCCGUGUUUGAUGCCCGGGAGCUGGAGCUGGUCAUCGCCGGGACGGUAGAGAUUGACCUCAGUGACUGGAGGAGCAACACCGAGUACAGAGGGGGCUACCAUGACGGCCACAUCGUGAUGCGCUGGUUCUGGGCAGCGGUGGAGAGGUUCAACAACGAGCAGCGGCUGCGCCUGCUGCAGUUCGUCACCGGGACCUCCAGCGUGCCCUACGAGGGCUUCGCCGCCCUGCGGGGCUCCAACGGCCUCCGCCGCUUCUGCAUCGAGAAGUGGGGCAAAGUCACGUCACUACCCAGGGCCCACACCUGCUUUAACCGGCUGGACCUGCCUCCAUACCCCUCCUACUCCAUCCUGUACGAGAAGCUGCUGAUCGCCGUGGAGGAAACCAGCACGUUUGGUCUGGAGUGAGACUCACCACCGGCCCCUCUGUGGACCUCAGUUAGGGAGGGAAGCUGCCCUGGGGGCCUCAGGGCGUCCUAAAGAUUUGUGAACUGUGUUGGACAGAGUUUGGUGGUGUGGAUAGAUGUGCGUCACUGUUAUGGUUCUGUGUGUUAAUUAGCUCUGAGGAUGGUUCUGACUCCAGCCAGCACUGAGGACACACAGCAGGACUACAGGCAUUUUUCUACCAAUCAUUCGGGGCAGGGGCUGUUUGCCCCUACACUGGUGGGCCCACAGAGAGGGCUUAAUAUCCAGAUCACCUGUUGCAUGCACCAAAAUGCAUCAUUCUUCCAGUGACUGAAACAGGACCUGAUGGAAAAUCCAAUCAAAGAUCGUCAUGUUCAGGUUCCACAGAAAGGACCGGAUUUGACUGAUAUCCACCACAGUUAUCAUCUCAGUGCCUGUUGGAGACUCCUUUUGAUACAGAAAAGACCCAAAUGAUGGUGCACUGAGCAGGCACCCGGCAGUCCUUUUACUGGGUAAAAGCCAAUAAAGGAUGAUGAUUAAAGAAACCACAGAGCACAGGUUCAGGUUCCAGCCCCUCAAUGUUCAGCAGAGAAGAAGUCAUCUAAAGACACUAAGACUGAUGCUUUUAAGGCCUUCUGCAAAUUCUGAGGAUCAUUUACUAUGUGAAUUCACUCUUGAGUUAGUGGCUUACAGAUAGAUUCCACCCAAACUGGUAGAUAUUCUGGUAAAGUGUGUGAGGAUGGCUCGCUGAAUCCAGAGGGCUAAUGAAUGGGACAAAAGAGGCCUAAAACGGAUGCCUGACUAUUGGAUUUUUGCAGAUGUGAUACAGACAGGACACACCAGUAUCAGCAAGCCAAAGCUGAGAUAGAUUUCAUCUGGAAGUCUACAUUUUCAGCAGAUCCAGAACCAAAACUGCAAAACUACAGCAUAUAGCAGAGCCCCCAAAAGUUUCCAACAUGUCUCCUAAUGGAGGCAGAAGCUCUGGUGUUUGCAUCCUCGAGCUGGCUGAAGACAACUGUAUCUGGAUCCUGGUGGUCAAAGUGCUCCUUCAGCUUUAGGCUCCUCUGGUCUGUGCUUGAAUGGGAACUGCUGGUACUCUUGUUCAAGUCUUCCACAGCGGGCGGUCUUCUCACCAUGGUGACCGGCACCCGACAGGCCACAAACAGCAUGCAAACCUCCAAAGUUCUGGCUGACGGCAGCAGUUCCCUGAACAGGUCUUGGCCUGGUGUAGGGGACCUUGGAUAAGCCAGUAUAACAUAUGCAACGGUCACCACGCGGCUCCAGCCUUCUGACCGGAUCUGAGAUGUUUCCUGGAGGACGGCUGAUUCUCUGCUCACACUUUCCCCUGUAAUGAAACUGUGCCUCUGUUACGAACUGCCUCAAAUUUGGCCUGUGGAGUAAGUGGGUCUCAAGCCUGACAUCAGGAAAGUCCCAUUUAGUUAUUUCUUUUGGUUUGGAGAACAGAAUCAUUUCAUGGUUUUUGUGUCGUCUCACUCUGAACAAGUCGGGGGGAUUUUACACCCAGCAUCUUCUGGUGACUUUACCAAGUGUUGUUGGUUUGAUUUUUUCAUUUGUGUGAAAAGGAUUUUUCUUAACAAAACAACAAAACCUGAAUUCAGAACAAACACUCAAAGGGAAAUCGGCCAUAACUGAACUGUGAGUGUUGCUUCUUAUUUCUGGGUCCUGCAGGCUUUGGGUUUGACAAAAAGGAAAAUAGUGGCUCAGCCUUUUUUCUGUGCUAGUUGGUCCGACUUCUAAGCAGCUAAACAAGCUCAGAGUUUGGUGAGCGCAGCAGUGAAGGUACAAUAGCUGACAUCAGCCUGUUGACAUCCCCUCCCCAUUAAAAAAGGAAAAAAGAUCAAGCAUCGCCAGGUUUAGAAGGUUCAGAUUAUUUAUAAAGAGAUUCAUUCAGCAGUUUAAAUAAGGUGCAUUUAUAUCUUCUCAUAUAAGUACCUCUGAGCUCCUCAUGUUAUAAUGACAGCAGAUAAACCCAGAAAAAAAGAGAAGUCUGAGGUGGCUUAAGACGUGUAAUGCUGCUGUUUUAUGGAAGAAAUUAAAUGUGAAAGUAGCUUCUUAUGGACUUUGGAGUAAGCAGUCCAGUGUAGGUCCAAUUUACAGCUGAAAAAAGUUCAAUUUUCCGAUGUAAAACUAGUUCUCCUGCUACCUUAUAUAAGAUCACACACAUGCCUUUUUAAUUGAAAUCAAAUCAGGUUUGCUAAUAAAGCAGAACAUUGAUGCUAAAGAAUCAAGGGAAAGUACUAUUUAAAGUUAUAUUUCUAAUUCUGACUUACCGGCCUGAAUCCGGUCUUCAGCUCAGUUCCUCCCGCUAAUCCAUCCAAAGGCCGAAAUAUUUAGAGACAAUCUAAACCUUUGCUAAGCCACACAGUGGUGGGCGUGUACAGAUGUAGGCAUACAAAUGAAGCAUUACGUAAACUCUGUCACUGUGUAAAAGAAAUAUGGAAAAGAGUAUGUCUUCUCAGAAGUUUUCAGAAUUGUGUUGUAACAACGGGGGUAAAUAGUGCUUUAUUUUAUUGUCUUGCUACGAUAAAUGCGAUGAAAUUCUAUUUAUGUGGUUACGGUGUACCAAAAACGACAGAAAUUUUGGACUACAACAGACAUGAAUAUUUACUGAACAAAGCUUUCCAGUUUCUUAUCUCUGAAUGAUUGUCUUUGGUUUAGUCCUGCACUGGUCGGGUGGUGAGGCUUCCAGCCCACAUCUGUGUAAAUCCAGCUGUGAAGCCGGGAUUCUGUUGCAUCCCCAGCUUUUAUUUCAUGCAAUCUUUUGUAUUGUUAUUUAUACACUCUGGUAUUUAUUAUCAAGGAGACAUGCGGAAGCUCUCCUGGAAUGUUCUCUUUAGGUUUGAGGUUUGUUUUUUUAACGAUGUAAUAAGGAGCUGAGGAGUUUGCCUUCGUUUUUGAAGCCUUUGCGUUUUGAUAUGUGUGUGUUUUCUAUGACAUACUGAGCAUUCUGGGUAUCAGAGACCAGUUUGUGUUUGCCUCACAGAACUCCACUGCUGACAUCCAUCACUUUUUACUGAUGGCACUUUGUGUUCUGUUGCUGAGUUUUGUUUAAAAAAAGAUUCAUGUAUCCAGAUGUGGCCGUGCAGUGGGAAGAGACUGAGGUGGAAUGAGGUCUUUUAUUGGAGGGUGGAGGUGUUCCGCAUCACAUAUCAGGAACGCGGAUAUUCCUGGUCAGGAAAGAAUCAUCAACACUGACACUCAUCUGGAAAUGCAUAAGUAAAAGGUGUCAUGAAAUUUGAGUAUCGGACAAUUUAAAUGAUUCCUUCAGAAGAACUUGUAGCUGCCCCCCCACCCUCUUUUUUCACUCACAGACUUUAACAGAGGUACUGUACUUGAGCAUGACUGAGUUGUGACAACUUUACUGGAAGGUGAGACUGAAGCAUGCGCAGCCUUUUUGUUUCUAGUGAUGUACGAUACACUGCUGUAAAUAAAGGAGUCCAGCUCUGACCUGUCCAGAUGUGAGGGGGGGGGCUGCAGACUCAGGCAUACCAUACAACUGGUUAUGAAUCUCAAUAAAA